GUAAGACCUGGGGAAAGAAGCCAAUCACUGGGAACGCCAAGGCGGCGCAGACCGUCUGCUCGCGAGGGUAGCGGAUUAUCGGAUGACGCUACUACAUCGGGUGAACGUCAACGAACUUCCUCGGAACCACCUCAAGGCGGAAACAGGCGACGCCGGCAGGGAAGUGAACCGGAUCCAGACGGUGAGUCGCGAGAAAGAGGAACGCCAUCAAAUCCGGCACGAGCACACCGGGGAAGGGGCUCGGGAGGGACGGGUACUCCGGGUGCCGAUGACCGGGCGACCAGGAACGAGACGCUGGAGGAAGCAUGGAACCUGGCGCAACGGGGAACAGAAGCGAGCACCCUCGUUCCAGUACCAGAUGCGGAGUGUGCUCGGGGUGCACGAGUGCGGGGCCCAACACUCUCGGAGGAACAGCCUGGAGGCGGCGGUUCAAGCUGACUCGGGGCUGCAGCUACGGGCUGAAAGACUGAAAAGGGGGUUAAACGACGAACCCCACGGAGCACGUUCGCUGUACAUCUGGAACCAAGACAGUCCGGGAAUAGGGCCUGCUUUGGACGAUGUCAGCAUGGAUGAUCUCUCACUCAGGUUCCAGACGGUGAAGAAAGUUCAACCUAGGUUUGCUUCCGACCAUGCCCGUCUCCAAACUCACGUGCUCCACCUUGUUAACAAGCAGCUAGCAGAAGGCGGCGGAGCUUCCUCGGCGACCGGNGGAACGGGGACGCUGGAGGAAGCAUGGAACCUGGCGCCACGGGGAACAGAAGCGAGCACCCUCGUUCCAGUACCAGAUGCGGAGUGUGCUAGGGUCAGGUCAUCGAAGGACACCGUGUGGUUCCAAACGGUGAAGAAAGUUCAACCUAGGUUUGCUUCCGACCAUGCCCGUCUCCAAACCCACGUGCUCCACCUGGUUAACAAGCAGCUAGCAGAGGGCGGCGGCGCUUCCUCGGCGACCGGGGCCCCACUUUCCACUAUCCGGGUCAUCAAACGUUGGUACCUCCUACCAGGUAUUCUGCACUCCUUUGAUGGUCGGAUAGCUCGAAAAAAACGCUACAACUCGCUCAAAAGAGGGGAUAUAUCGUCCGUUCUUCCUUGGCUGAUUGAGUAUACCAAGGCGGCGAGUGCAAGGAGCAGGGGACCGGCACGGGAAGACACACCCGACGACAAGUUCAAAAGGGCGGCGAGGGCGUGCCGGCACUCUGGAGGCGUGAAGGACGCAGCAAGAGCGCUCCUAGCCGAUCAACCGUCACCGGGGAACGACGAGACAUGGGCACGUCUGAAAGCCAAAUUUCCGCAUGAGGAUCCCGUACAAGUGGAGCAGGCCAUCGCCGAAGCCAUAGCUGCAAGCCGCACCGAGGAGGAGGAAGGAAGCGCCCCGAGAUGGAGGCCAGAAACCGAGUUCGAUCCACAAGUACUCCUUCAAGUCAUCAACAGCAGAAGCUCUAACUCUGGAGCAGGAAAUGACGGGCAACGUUUCUCCCACCUUAAGUCCAUCGUCAACACUAAAAUUGGUCGGGAAGAGUUCAGCAACGCGAUGUCGUCCCUUUGGAGGAGGCUCAUCAACGAUCCCAACGCGUUCCCACCGGAGUUCUGGACUCUUUGGAAACAAUCCAGUCUAAUCGCCCUCGGUGAAAAGUGCCGUCCAGUGUGCAUUGGAAUGACUUGGAGAAGGCUGAUUGCAGCGGGAACGGUCAGGGAGUGGAAACCGAAACUGGAAGAAAUAUUUCGGGAAGCGGACCAAUUCGGAGUGGCGGUAGCUGGAGGAGUUGAACAAGUUGCGAUGGACGCACAACUGGUUCAUCAGACAGGUCAUUGAGUAGUCCAGACAGAUUGCUCAAAUGCCUUCAAC